CGGCUGGGCUAAAAGUGCCAAAAACCAGAGGGUCCAGAGCUUAAACAAGUCCGGAAUCUUACAAAGCGCUCACGUUUCGUCUGCGGAAUUCUCACCCAACGAUACCAUUGCAGCAGAGCAAUCAGUCUACUGCUCCUUCCACCGCACACAUGGCGACGACCACCGCAAAGAACACCGAAGUUCCCACGAAAACCCUACCGAAGACCCCAUCUCAACCGUCAGAUCCCAAUCCGACGGCGGACGCCGAGGCUUCUCACCUCACCAACCCUAACCCUUCGACCUCACCAUCUAAGGGCGAAACCAAGGCGGCGGCCACCACCGCCACCACGACGGCGGUCAACAACGUAAGCAGCGAGGGCGAUGUUCAAAAGAAGAUUAAGCGCGCGGAGAGGUUCGGAAUGCCAGUGCAACUGUCUGAAGAAGAAAAGCGGAAUUCGAGAGCUGAAAGGUUUGGCACUGCAUCCUCAUUACCUGGAUCAGAUGCAUCAAAGAAAUCAGAGGAACUGAAGAGGAAGGCUAGGGCAGAGAGGUUUGGGAUUGCUCAAACUACCACUACUGAUGAGGAUGCAAAGAAGAAGGCAAGGCUUGCUAGGUUUGCACCACUGACAAAGGUUGAUCCUGCGGAGGAAGAUAAAAGGAAAGCAAGAGCUAUCAGGUUUUCACAAUCUGAGUCUGAUACUCCAUCUCAAGAGAACGGAAAAGGAAGCACUGAGGAGUCCCCUGUUUUAGGCAAGGUUGGAGGAACCUGAAUUGUGUGAGGCCCUGUUCAAAAGCUAGCACAGGUUAUGAGACUGACAUCUUGCAACUUCACCAGUAGUUUUAAGUACAACUAGGCGUUCAUUUUGGUACUUAUCUGUUCCGUAGAAAAUUUUUCUUCAAGUACAGAAAACGGCUCUUGCUAUUCCCGGUUACAUACAUGUGGUUAAUUUUUGGUUUCCCUGGUGAGCCCUAGGACUGUUGGAAGCAACCCCCUUAGUAUUGACCUAUCUGAAAUGGCCAGUAAACAAUGUCAAAAAUGCAAAUUGCAGACUGAAAGUUUCAUAGUUUAAGCAUCUCUCAUAUAACCAACUUCCUUUAAGUAUUUUCUUAUUUCUUGAUAUUUAUUUACUUAAUGUCGGAUGCCAAAAAUCUGAUUCAGAACCGUCAAAUCAUUUCUAGACUUCUAGUGCACUGUGCACGUAUAGCUUAUCCAAAUUUUGCAAUAUAGUGCAUUAGUGCCAAAUGCCUGUAUUCUGUUGAUGUUGAAUGUGACCAAGGUGUGACAGAUGUUUAAAAUGGUUUUCAACUAAUAUUAUCUUGAACCUAUUUCUUAGGUGUAAGAUCAUUGCAAUCUUGAGGUUUCUGUUCAUCAGAAAAUAUAAAUCAUAAGUAUGUUUUUGUUGCAUUAAGAGAUCAAUUAGGAACCUUCUAACUUCCAGUUGCAUCCAUAGAUCUUUGUUUGUUUCAACAUGCUCAUAGACAUUCUUGGCAAUCUUAGGCUUUUUAGGAAAGGUAAGGCUAACAUUUUUUGAGUUAUGUGGUAAGUAAUAUCUUUGGCAAGUCUUUACAAUCAUUUACCAUGAUAACAAGGCUACUCUGCAUAAAGUUUAAAACACCAUGAUUAUGUGCCCAUGUUUACCUUAGUGUCAAUUUUGUACUCCGCAUUUGUGUCCCAAUCUGAUUUUCUGUCUUAGAAGUAGAUGAGGAAGCACAGCAUGAUGAUGAAACCAUCUAUUGGAGAACUUUCAUUACUUGUGUCUUGUGUGUGAUCGAUGAUGAUUUUGCUUGUUAGGGGUUUUACCGUCGAAUAUUUUUCUAGUCUUUGGUAUUAGAAUUUGACAUUGUGAGAUGGCCAUUUUGAAGGGGAUUUGAUGCUAAGGAAGGUGUUUCUGACUGGUCCUACUGGGUGAACCAUUUAGGGUUACUGCAGUGCAGGAAUAUUAUAUCACAUGUACUUGGAAGAAAUUUAUUUGUAAUUUUUAUCUUGGUUAGAAUUUAAAAGACUUUUAGGUGAGCAGAAUUUUCAAUAUGCUUUUUAGUUGUGGUUGUGAAGACAAUCUUUAAACUUAAUGCACUCUUCAGUCUCCAUUCACUUCCAA